UGCCUCCUUCUGACUGCUUUGCUAUCCAUGUACGUAUUUUUAUUCAACUAUGGAAUAUUCGACAUUGUUCUCAUAAUGAAACAUAGAGUAGGUAAGUUGACUGAACUACAGUUAAAGCUAAAUUACGUUUAAUCAACACUAAACUGUUCUCCUCGUUCAGAGCAUAGAUAUCUUAUAUACACUAGAUAGCGCAUCUCUUUUAGUACAAUUGAAGCCAAGAAUAUUCCAGCGGUUACCCCCAUUUGAAUAGAAGGCCAUGUUGGAGUUUCCCACUCGCUAAUAAACGCUUAAAAAACAACAAUUACUUUCAUCAUUUGAAUAAUUUGAAAAUGUUUUGGAAUAGGUUUAACUUAAUGUUUAAGUUCCUUGAAACAUACGAGUCUUCUCAUUCCAUGGGAAUAUCCUGAGUCUGCAAUCACGGCUUCAAUUUUUGAAUUGCAGAAUAAUUAGAUGCACUAUCUAGUGUAUAUAAGAUAUCUAUGGUGCAGAGAUGCAAUAACGUCAUCCGUAAAUCCAAUACAAAGUUCCAACAACAGGAAACCAGUGUGGUGUUUGGUGAUUCGGAAAAGAGAUUUGUGUCCGUUUAAACACAGACGUUUAAAAGGGAUGUAUUAUGUCAAUAAGGAAUAAUGAUGGAAAUGAUAAUGCUAAUUGUGUAAUAAUAGUUUGAAAUCAACUUAUUAUCAUUUAAAAUUAUCUUUUCCAGGUUUCCGUUUCCAUACGCAUCGAUUAUACAAAGAAACUCGACAAACAAUUGAUUUGGAGCUACCCAAUGCAGAAAGUGAAACAAAUCCUAUAAAAUUCCCCGUAAAAGAACCCAUUGAGUCCAUAAUUACUCCUACUGAACCUAUCGAAUCAGUUCACCAUACGCGCGCAGUUUUCCCAACGUUCGCCACUUACGAGGAAAUGCUUCAAGACGAUACGCAUGCGUCAAAGAACAGAAAGUUCCCAGUAUACUCCACGUGCACUCGUCAAAGUCUGAGAAAACCUUUGGCAACAAGCAUGUCUAAAAAAUCAAAAGUCCCAAAAUGCAGACGAAGACAGCUUACUUCCAGCGAUUGCACAGACAUGGUUAAGUAUUUUGGUGAAUACGGGAGCAUGAAAGGUGGGCAGUGCGAUACAAGCAAUGCCAUUAAAAUAUGCACUGUAUCAGAAGACAAAAAUUAUAAAAGAGAGGAAAUCAAAGUUUCGUGUGAUGCUAGCCCUUGUAAAGACAAACGAAUAUCGCUUGGACUGUUCAGUUACACAACUGGGAAAAUUGAAUGGCGGUUAGUUAGAGACAUAAAUAGUUUAAGUGCGCUUCUCAAAAAUCAUAUAAUGUCCUCAGUAUUUGCACCUGGUUUUGCAUUAUUAAAAUGUGAAGGUGGACAAGGUAUUCAAGUUUUAACCUUCCCAAAAAUGUUGGAUCGCGUGGAAGCAGUACAGAAGCACGAGAAAAGAAGACGUUUUAAUAUCAAUAUUGUACUUGAAGAUUCCUUAUCGCGUGAGCAUUUUUACAGAACUCUUCUAAAAACUGCGUCGACGUUUAGGGAUAUUAUUUAUAACCAAUCAAUACCAUCAACUUUACUCGAAUUCGAGAAAAUGCAAAGUCUUGCAUCCAAUACAUAUUUUAGCCUACAGAGACUGUUUACAGCUCAAAAGUAUUCCAACUCCAUACCAAGUUGUGAAUACGACAUGAUUAAGGAAUUUCGUGCCAAUAAGGAAUUUCUUGCGAAUGAUACAAAAUAUACUUGUACAUUUGGGAUUGAGAAAAUGUUCGGUCGGUAUAAAAAGGCUGGAUAUAGUACCCUACUUCAAGAAGACCAUUGUUGGUUGGAUUAUUGGGGUUCGUUCCUUGAUCCGCGCAAAGCAUUAGAAAAAGUUCAAGAUGAAAAAACACGGCUCAGUCGAUGGCAAGAUUUUGUUCAAAAUGUAAAAAAAUCCGGACGUGGAGAAGUGAUUGAUGACUACGGUAUGUCAAUAUUGACCUGCGAUGUUUAUAAAAAGUAUAAAGUGACAAAUUCGUUUAGUUCUAAAGUUGUACCAAACGUGUGCUUCGCAGGACGACAUUAUGGGUCCUUUAUUUUGGAGUAUGUGAAAAAGUACACAGAGCUUAACGAUAUGGCAGCACAGCCAUUUUUAGCUUAUACACAUUUGUUAACCUCACACGAUACUAAUGGAAGACGCAUAGUCAACGACGAUGAAAGUCUAGCAGAUUUGUUCCACCAUGCAGCACAUUUGCGCAACACUGUGACCAUAUUUACGUCAGACCACGGAGCAAAAGCGAGCGAUUUUUCAGCCUAUACAACACAAGGUCGGCAAGAGGUAUUUCAACCUUUAUUAUUCAUAAUCAUUCCACACGACGUCAGCAAGUUCCUUGGUCCAGAAGUUAUGAAUGCUUUGGUGGUGAAUCAGAAUCGUUUGGUGGGACUUGAAGACCUGCAUGAUUCACUGGUAUCAGUAUUAGACACCGAUCCAAAUAUUUUUGGUACUUACACAGAGGACCAUCCAAAAAAUUGGGUUCUUCACGCAGAUCCCAAUGGGCCUCACAGAGAAUCUAAUGUAAGGGCAAUACCAACUCGUCUGCGUGGGUUAUUUAAAUCAGUGCCCUUAGAUCGAACAUGCGAACAAAUGAAAUUAGAUUUAAAUGUGUUAUGUUUGUGUGACGGUAUGGAUACCUUUCUACCCAACGAUUAUGAAACAGUCCAAUGGGCAGCUGAAUUUGCUUUGGGGACUUUGAAUAACAGAAUUCAAGAGCAGUAUACCACAGCUUUGAGGUCGAAGUCAGGAGUGCUCGCGUCAGGUUUCUAUGGUUACGGCGCAUGUCAGCGGUAUACAGGAACGGGAAUUAUGCGUGCGCGGCACAUUGUUACCGGGCUAGAGCAAAAGUUGUUGUUCACUUUACUGGCUAAACCUUUAGAUCGAAAAAUUGAGGAAAUUUUUGACGUGCAAGUGUCGUUCGCUAUGACACAAUAUACGAAUGGUAUAACUUUAAAUGACCUGGUUCGUGUUAGCCCGUUUAAUAAAUACGAGAAAUGCACGGAUAAAGGUGUUGAUCCUAAGCUCUGCGCAUGUCAUGCUGACCAACGAAACAACACACUAUGGAAGAAUGAGUUAUACUUAAAAACAGCCUCACAGGAGAAUUUCAAGCUGAAACCGCGAACGCAGAUUUUAGACCAGCCAUGUUUAGCGAUCAUAUCUCGCGUUCGAAGAAAUAAUAUGGCAGCAGGACGUUGGCUGCAUAGGGUUGACACCUACGAAGGGGUUGACACCUACGAAGCGGUCAACGCAUGUCCAGAUGUGACGUAUAAACUCACAAUUAGUUUCAAAAAGGCGCGAAAGACGCAAAUUUCGCUCAAAUAUCCUAAAUCUGUGACUCUACUGCCUAGGACAGUGACGUUCCUAUUGACGGCUAAAAUUGAGUGGAAAUCUGGCACGUUUAUUCCAAGAUUUAAGUUUGAGAAGAGAAGAUGGAGAAAAUAAUGCAAUGCAAAACGGUUAACUUAACGGACACUAAGCUAAAUUACAGUCGCUAAUAACGCAAUACAAAACAGCCAACUUUACAAACCUAGUUAAACAAACGUCCAUACUGGAUAAUGUUUUCAGAGGUACAAGAGGUACAGACUACAGGAGAAAACUCAAAAGGCACCCUUAACUAUUCUCACGUAUGCUGAAAACUAGCAUGCUCUAACCAGACAAUAGAACUUUAAUGGGACUCUGUAGCUAAGUGUAUAAAGAGUUGAGUGGUCCUAAUGUCCGAUUCAUGAUCUCGGAGUUUGACUGGAUCCACCUAACUCGAUACAUGUCUAAAGUUAGCUUAAUAUGAUCGUUACUAAAUUGAUGUUUCGUUUGCAGGCAUGAACUAAAGUAAACUAACUUUAUUUAUACUGGAUAGCUUUAUCAGCUUUUAAAUGCCCACCCAUCCGUUACUAGUAGUAAGGCCAAUCCGUAACUAGUAGUAAGGCCCAUCCGUAACUAGUAGUAAGGCCCAUCCGUUACUAGUAGUAAGGCCCAUCCGUUACUAGUAGUAAGGCCCAUCCGUUACUAGUAGUAAGGCCCAUCCGUUACUAGUAGUAAGGCCCAUCCAUUGCUGGUAGUAAGGCCCAUCCGUUACUAGUAGUAAGGCCAAUCCGUUACUUGUAGUAAGGUCCAUCCGUUACUGGUAGUAAGGCCCAUCCAUUGCUGGUAGUAAGGCCCAUCCAUUACUAGUAGUAAGGCCAGAAGUGUCAGAACUAAUGUAAUUUCGCAAAAAGUGUGGAUGAAUACACUAUACACAAUCUAUUUGAAAAAACUGUACAUUACGAGUCAAUUUCUAUUCAUCUUCAGCUACCACAUCCAUUAAGAGGAGCUACAAUCUUUUGUAUGUUACCUAACACGCGCUCAUGUCAAAACUAAUGAACAUAGUUUUCCAGUUGGUACGUUUCCCAAGCGGCAAAUAAACUUUAAAAGUAUGUUUAGAGUUUAUCUGUAAAGUUAUGCUAAAAUAAAGAGACCGUUGAUCGUUACAGCAUCAUUGAAAAUUCUAUUUAAUUUGACAAUAUUUAACUAUUAUUCUGUGUUUCUCAACCGCCAGAUACAUGUAAAAAGGUUGCUAACUGUGUAAAUUAUAAAAUAAAGCUCAGUAAAACAAAGUCAUUUAGGUUUUUACAUUUUGAACACUUUUCAUCGCAAAUACGGGACAUUGAAAAAAAUUGCCUCUUAAUACUUCACACUUUUAAGUGAACCAAUGGAAGAAAUAAUAAAUGUUUUACCAAGGACCAAAAUGUAUUUACUUUACUUUGAUUUGUGGAAAAAAAUCCAUUAUCUCUUCUCACGUUUAGAAUAAUAUUUGCUUAGGUGAACAUUUCACCUGAACUCAAGCAAACAUCUUCUAUUGCUAAAUUUAACAUAACAUUUCGUUUUAUGCAUAAUUGAUCAAGCUAAAAUUCAAAAUAAAUCAGAGUGUUCCGUAACAGCAAAAGGGACCCGCCUUACUUUUUUGAUUUUAGUCUUGAUAAGAUGUCUAUCAACUCUGUUUCUUGGUUUUGAUAACAGUUCUUUCAAAACGGCUAACAGGUUGUAAUUUUGAGACAAAGGUGAAGAAAGCACGUCUAUAUAUAUAUAGGCCUUUCGUUCAUCGGUGCAUUAAAAGUAUUUCAAAUACAAUUGGACCCAAAGAACAGAGACGUAAAAUGAAAUUCGUGAAAUUGGUGAGUAAUUUGGUUAGCGUCUGAAUGAACUGACAUAUUUAUGAGCAUAUUCGAUGUUUUGGGCUAGGGGUUUUGUUUAUACGUAUAUUUCAAUAACAAACCAGCGAGACUUUCUAAAACCGUCUUAGAAUAAAAUGUGGUACAAUAAUGAAUCGUUGCUUUAGGUUCUAUUCAAAAUUGCUUCAGAAGGCUUUUCUACAGUGUCAACCAUCCCAUAUCUUCUGCUGAACCCUCAGGCUCUUUAUUCCAUGACGUCUCUGACAGGCAUUUCUUCAUCUUGCCUGAUUACGUGUCCACACCAUCCCAGCCUUUUUUUCUCCACAUUCUCUGCAAUGCCUACGACCACAUAUCUUGUCCAUAGUGUCAUAAUGAUUAAAUUCUAUUUUCAGUGCAUGGUCGUAACUGCUUUGCUAUCCGCGUACGUAUUUAUAUUCAACUACGAAAUGUUGGACAUUGUGUCAAUAAUGAAACAAAGAGUAGGUAAGUAAACCGAACUCAAAUUAAACUUUAUUGAUGUUGAGUACAGCUCUGUCAACUCUAAACCGUUCAUCCCAUGCAGAGAUCCAGUAAGGUCAUCCCUAACUCCAGUCCCAAGUUCCUACAACAGGAAACCGGAGUGUGUUCUUGGGACUGGGACCAGAGAUUUUUGUCCGUUUAAAACAUACAGGUUUAGAAGGGAGUGUAACGUCAUCAAGGCAUACUGAUUUAAAUUAUUAUCAUUUAAAAUUACCUUUUAAAGGUUUCCGUUUCCGAAGGAAUCGAUUUGACGAAGAAACUCAGCCAACAAUUCAUUCGGAGCAACAUAAUGCAGAAAACAAAACAAGUCAUGUUAAACAUCUCGUUAAAGAACACUCUGAGUGGACAAUUACCCCUACUCAACCUAUGGAAUCAGUUGACGCUAGGCACGCAGUUUUCCCAACGUACGGCACUUACGACGAGAUGCUUGAGGACGAUACGCAUGCGUCAAACAACAGAAAGUUCCCAGAGUACUCCACGAGCCCUUACCAAGGUCUCAGAAAACCUUUCGCAACAAACGUGUCCAAAAAAUCACAAAACCCAAAAUGCCAACGAAGGCUGCUUACUCCCAGCGAUUUGGCAGACGUGAUUGAGUAUUUUGGUGAAUACGGGAGCAUGAAAGCUGGGCAGUGCGAUACUAACAAUACCAUUAAAAUAUGCACUGUAUCAGAAGACAAAAAUUAUAAGAGAGAGGAAAUCCAAGUUUCGUGUGAUGCUAGCCCUUGUAAAGACAAACGAAUAUCCCUUGGGCUGUUUAGUCACACAACUAGGAAAAUUGAAUGGCAGUUAGUUAGAAACUUAAAUCGCUUAAGCACACUUCUCAAAAAUCAUAUAAUUUCUUCGGAAUUUGCGCCUGAUUUUGCAUUAUUAAAAUGUGAAGAUGGACAAGGUAUUCAAGUUUUAACCUUCCCAAAAAUUUUGGAUCGCAUGGAAGCAGUUCAAAAGCACGAAAAAAGAAGACAUUUUAAUAUCAAUAUUGUACUUGAAGAUUCCUUAUCGCGUGCGCAUUUUUACAGAACUCUUCUAAAAACUGUGUCGACUUUUAAGGAUAUUAUUUAUAACCAGUCAAUACCAUCAACUUUGCUGGAAUAUGAAAAAGUCCAAAGCUAUGCAUCUACUACAUACAGAAUCCUUCAGAGACUGUUUACAGCUCAAAAGUACUGGAACUCUAAGACAAAAUGUGAAAACGGGGUUAAGGAAUUUCUUGCGAAUGAUACAAAAUAUAGUUGUACAUUUGGGAUUGAGGAAAUGUUCAGUCGGUAUAAAAAGGCUGGAUAUAGUACCCUACUUCAAGAGGAUAAUUGUUGGUACGAUGAUUGGGGUUCGUUGCUUGAUCCGCGCAAAAGAUUAGGUCGUGUUAAAAACGAAAAAACACGGCUGAGUAGAUGGAAAGAUUAUGUCACAAUUUUAGAACAAUCAGGAAGCUGGGAAGAGGUUGAUGAUUACGGUAUGUCAAUACUGUCGUGCGAUGUUUAUAAAAAUUAUAAAGUGACGAAUCCGUAUAGUUCUACAACUGUCCCAAAUAUUUGUUUCGCAGGACGACAUUAUGCGUCCCUCUUUUUGGAGUAUGUGAGAAAGUACACAGAGCUUAACGAUAUGGCACCACAGCCAUUUUUAGCUUAUACACAUUUGUUAACCUCACAUGAUACUAAUGGAAGACGCAUAGUCAACGACGAUGAAAGUCUAGCUGAUUUGUUCCACCAUGCAGCACAUUUGCGCAACACUGUGACCAUAUUUACGUCAGAUCACGGAGCAAAAGCGACCAAUUUUGCAGCCUAUACAACACAAGGUCGGCAAGAGGUAUUUCAACCUUUAUUAUUUAUAAUCAUUCCACACGAAGUCAGCAAGUCGCUUGGUCCAGAAGCUAUGAAUGCGUUGGUGCUGAACCAGAAUCGUUUGGUAGGACUUGAAGACCUGCAUCAUUCACUAGUGUCAAUAUUAGACACGGACCCAAAUAUUUUGGGUACUCACAAAGAGGACCAUCCAGAAAAUUGGGACUUGCAUCCAGGCUCAGAUCCAAAAAAUUGGGUUCUUCACGCAGAUCCUAAUGGGCAUCACAGACACCCUAAUGUAGGGGUGAUACCAACUCGUCUGCGUGGGUUAUUUAAACCAGUGCCCGUAGGUCGAACAUGCGAACAAAUGAAAUUAAAUUCAGAUGUGUUAUGUUUGUGUGACGGCAUGGAUAAGUCUGUGCCUAACGAUUCUCAAAUAGUCCAAUGGGCGGCUGAAUUUGCUUUGGGAACUUUGAAUAACAGAAUUCAAGAGCAGUAUACCACAGCUUUGAGGUCGAAGUCAGGAGUGCUCGCGUCAGGUUUCCAUGGUUACGGCGCAUGUCAGCGAUAUACAGGUACGGCAUUUAUGCGUGCGCGGCACACUGUUGCCGGCUCAGAGCAAAAGUUGUUUUUCAGUUUACUGGCUAAACCUUUUGAUCGAAAAACUGAGGAAAUUUUUGACGUCGAAGUAUCGUUCGCCAUAAAACAAAAGGCGAACGGUAUAACUUUAAAUGACAUGAUUCGUGUUAGCUCGUUUAAUAAAUACGAGAAAUGCACGGAUAAAGGAGUCGACCCUAAGCUAUGCGCAUGUCGUGCCGAUAAACGAAAUAAUACACUAUGGAGGAAUGAGUUAUACUUAAAAACAGCCUCACAGGAGAAUUUCAAGCUGAAACCGCGAACACAGAUUUUAGAUCAGCCAUGUUUAGCGAUCAUAUCUCGCGUUCGAAGAAAAAAUAUCGGAGCAGGACGUUGGCAGAAUGCGAUUCAAACCUACGAAGCGGUCAACGCAUGCCCAGAUGUGACGUAUAAACUUACAAUUAGUUUCAAAAAGGCGCGGAAGACGCAAAUUUCGCUCAAAUAUCCUAAAUCUGUGACCCUACUGCCUAGGACAGUGACGUUCCUAUUGACUGCUAAAAAUGAGUGGAAAUAUGGCACGUUUAUUCCAAGAUUUAAGUUCGAGAAGAGAAGAUGGAGAAAAAUUAGCAAUGCAAAACGGUUAACUUAA